CGAGUCCAAGAUGAAGUGCAAUGUUUGUUCUGUGCAGUCCCACCAAGGUGCAGUUGCUCCCCCCGCUGGAGGCCGACCUGGCCCAGCAGCUGUCCCGCCUGAAAGUCAGCCGCACGCAGUCCAGCGCCACGUCCUCCACGCCGCAGCUGCGUGUCCACCGCCAGCUCUCCCUCAGGAUGUCCAACGAGUCCCCGCUCCUGAUGGACCAGGAGCGUGGUCGCACCAGAGGUCCCAGGCGGCGACUGAUCGAAGACAACACAACCCCGGCGGACGCUCCUCCCCUCCUGUUCAGUCGCGUAAACGACGCUUGGUCCGAGGACAGCAACUCCGAGCGCUCGUUUGCGUCCUACACCAGCUCGCCCACCGCACCCAGACACUACCACGCCGGGUUCUACCACAGUCCCAGGCUCCGGGGCCUCCAGGUGUACCAAAACGAGGACGUGGUCUACCCGCCGUACGUGGACACGCCGUGGUCCUACCGCACCCGGCGGGCUCCCGGUCCGCCCGACGGCUACGAGUGCCGCUACCAAGAGGCCCCCGCGGCCCCGCAGAGAGCGCAGUGGCGUCUGGCUCCUGCCGGCGGACACUCGCCACAGUGGGAUCCCCCGCAGCAGGUGGUCAGCGAGCAGCUGAAGUCCUGGCACCGGCGCAGUCAGCUCAAAGGACCCAGGUCGAGGUCGCUUGACAGGCAGGGAGCGGUCAGGGUGAAAAACACGGCGGCUCGGGAGCCGCCCCGGAACCAGAAUCCAAGGUACCACGAGCAGCAGGUCAUCCAAAGAAGAGAUCUUCAGAUAUCUGCCGACGACUCUCAAGGACCCUGGCUGGUGGACCAUAGCACUCACUAUGUGAGCCAAGUGUGAAACCUGGACUCCUCUCAGGAUCCAACUGGAUUACCUGCCAACAAAUCACUUUGGAAUUCAAGGCCAGAAGAAAUUUUUGGCAGAUUUCUCGUGCCCUUGAGGAAACUAAUCAACUGAAGAGUUGAGUAAGCACAACUCACGUCUGUGGGGGGGAUAUACCAGACUUUCGGGGCUAUAGUGCGCACAUUUUUAAAGAAAUAAAUAUUUUUACACAGGACUGAAAACCACAGAUGUUUUGUAAAUGUUUAUUUACACACCUUUAAUUGUUUACAAAAGGCAGUAAAACGGCUGAUCAAACAAAACACAAGUCAUCGUCAUGGCCCCGAAUUAGCUCUCCAGUCAGCUAAACAGACUCAAUAACGUCUAAAUUGUCCAGAAAAGAUAGCCCAUAGUAGGGUAUUUUCCGGACUAUAAAGCGCACCGAUAUUCAAGCCACACCCACUAGAUUUUUGGAAAAUUUAAGCCGCAUCGGACUAUAAAUCCAAGAUAAGUACUUUGUGAAGAAAUAUUCUGUAAAUGUUUAUUUACACACUUUAAUUGUUCCCAAACGGUGUCUGUGACAAGGCAGUAAAACGGCUGAUCAAACAAAACAGAAGUCACCGUCAUGGACCCUCUAGCUGCAGAAGCUAGAGGGUAAUAACGUCUAAAUCGUCCAGAAAAGAUAGCCCAUAGUAGCGUAUUUUCCGGACUAUAAAGCGCACUGAUAUUCAAGCCACACCCACUAGAUUUUUUGAAAAUAAAAUGUUUCCAUAUAUAAGCCGCAUCGGACUAUAAGUCCAAGAUGUAUACUUUGUGAAUAAAUAUUUAGUAAAUGUUUAUUUAAACACUUUAAUUCUUUCCAAACGGUGUCUGUAACAAGGCAGUAAAACGGGUGAUCAAACAAAACAGAAGUCACCGUCAUGGACCCUCUAGCUGCGGAAGCUAGCUCUCCAGUCAGCUAAAGAGACUCAAUAACUUCUAAAUCGUCCAGAAAAGAUAGCCCAUAGUAGCGUAUUUUCCGGACUAUAGAGCGCAUCGAUAUUUAAGCCACACCCACUAAAUUUUUUUGAAAAUAAAACGUUUCCAUAUAUUAGCCGCACCGGACUAUAAGUCGCAUAUAUUUACAUUGGCAAGUGUGUUAUUUAGACAGAAAUAUUCUGUAAAUGUUUAAUUACACACCUUAAUUGUUUCCAAACGGUGUCUGUGACAAGGCAGUAAAACGGCUGAUCAAACAAAACAGAAGUCACCGUCAUGGACCCUGUAGCUAUGCAAGCUAGCUCUCCAGUCAGCUAAACAGACUCAAUAAUGUCGAAAUCGUCCAGAAAAGAUAGCCCAUAGUGGCGUAUUUUCUGGACGAUAGAGCGCGCCGAUAUCUAAGCCAGACCCAUUAAAUUUUUUGAAAAUAAAAUGUUUCCAUAUAUGAGCCGCACCGCAGAUAUAUAUAUUGUGAAAUGAGUAAUUUACACAGAAAUAUUUUUGUAAAGGUUUAUUUACACACCUUCAUUGUUUCCAAACGGUGUCUGUGACAAGGCAGUAAAAUGGCUGAUCAAACAAAACAGAAGUCACCGUCAUGGACCCUCUAGCACAAUACCUCCACGGUGACUUUUUGGUGGAUUUACUGAGGAAUUUGUGAAAAUGAAACCAUUCUAAGUUAAUAAUACUAACACAGACACUUGUAAACGUGUUAGCAUAUUAGCUAAGGCUAACGACACUGGCGUGAUUACAUUACGAUAGAACGUACGAAUGAAAACUCUCCUACAGACAUCACAGCUGGGACACUUUAGUAAGUCGGAAUUGUUUUAGUUAUAUUGUAAAAGCUAAAAAUGCUGAUGAAUGAAGAACUUUUACGAGUAGAAACGCUAUGGACGCCUGCAGGCAGCCAACUGGUCCCCAAAACGUCGGCACAGCGCCAACAGUUACACAAUAUUUGUUGAACACAAAACAUUAUCAGCAAUCCAUCAAAGUUUAUUUAUGUAGCCCUUAAUCACGAGUGUCUCAAAGGGCUGUCAAAGCCACAACGACAUCAGGGCAAGGAAAAACUCAACCCAAUGGGAAAAUGAGAGUCCAGUCCAUAGUGGAUCUAACAUAAUAGUGUGACAGUCCAGUCCAUAGUGGAUCUAACAUAAUAGUGAAAGUCCAGUCCAUAGUGGAUCUAACAUAAUAGUGUGAUAGUCCAGUCCAUAGUGGAUCUAACAUAAUAGUGAGAGUCCAGUCCAUAGUGGAUCUAACAUAAUAGUGAGAGUCCAGUCCAUAGUGGAUCUAACAUAAUAGUGAGAGUCCAGUCCUUAGUGGAUCUAACAUAAUAGUGACAGUCCAGUCCAUAGUGGAUCCAACAUAAUAGUGUGAUAGUCCAGUCCAUAGUGGAUCUAACAUAAUAGUGAAAGUCCAGUCCAUAGUGGAUCUAACUUAAUAGUGAGAGUCCAGUCCAUAGUGGAUCUAACAUAAUAGUGAGAGUCCAGUCCAUAGUGGAUCUAACAUAAUAGUGAGAGUCCAGUCCAUAGUGGAUCUAACAUAAUAGUGAGAGUCCAGUCCAUAGUGGAUCUAACAUAAUAGUGAGAGUCCAGUCCAUAGUGGAUCUAACAUAAUAGUGAGAGUCCAGUCCAUAGUGGAUCUAACAUAAUAGUGAGAGUCCAGUCCAUAGUGGAUCCAACAUAAUAGUGAGAGUCCAGUCCUUAGUGGAUCUAACAUAAUAGUGAGAGUCCAGUCUAUAGUGGAUCUAACAUAAUAGUGAGAGUCCAGUCCUUAGUGGAUCUAACAUAAUAUUGAGAGUCCAGUCCAUAGUGGAUCUAACAUAAUAGUGAGAGUCCAGUCCAUAGUGGAUCUAACAUAAUAGUGUGACAGUCCAGUCCAUAGUGGAUCUAACAUAAUAGUGAGAGUCCAGUCCAUAGUGGAUCUAACAUAAUAGUGUGACAGUCCAGUCCAUAGUGGAGCUAACAUAAUAGUGAAAGUCCAGUCCAUAGUGGAUCUAACAUAAUAGUGUGAUAGUCCAGUCCAUAGUGGAUCUAACAUAAUAGUGAAAGUCCAGUCCAUAGUGGAUCUAACAUAAUAGUGAAAGUCCAGUCCAUAGUGGAUCUAACAUAAUAGUGAAAGUCCAGUCCAUAGUGGAUCUAACAUAAUAGUGAGAGUCCAGUCCAUAGUGGAUCUAACAUAAUAGUGAAAGUCCAGUCCAUAGUGGAUCUAACAUAAUAGUGAAAGUCCAGUCCAUAGUGGAUCUAACAUAAUAGUGUGAUAGUCCAGUCCAUAGUGGAUCUAACAUAAUAGUGAGAGUCCAGUCCAUAGUGGAUCUAACAUAAUAGUGAGAGUCCAGUCCAUAGUGGAUCUAACAUAAUAGUGAGAGUCCAGUCCUUAGUGGAUCUAACAUAAUAGUGACAGUCCAGUCCAUAGUGGAUCCAACAUAAUAGUGUGAUAGUCCAGUCCAUAGUGGAUCUAACAUAAUAGUGAGAGUCCAGUCCAUAGUGGAUCUAACAUAAUAGUGAGAGUCCAGUCCAUAGUGGAUCUAACUUAAUAGUGAGAGUCCAGUCCAUAGUGGAUCUAACAUAAUAGUGAGAGUCCAGUCCAUAGUGGAUCUAACAUAAUAGUGAGAGUCCAGUCCAUAGUGGAUCUAACAUAAUAGUGAGAGUCCAGUCCAUAGUGGAUCUAACAUAAUAGUGAGAGUCCAGUCCAUAGUGGAUCUAACAUAAUAGUGAGAGUCCAGUCCAUAGUGGAUCUAACAUAAUAGUGAGAGUCCAGUCCAUAGUGGAUCCAACAUAAUAGUGAGAGUCCAGUCCUUAGUGGAUCUAACAUAAUAGUGAGAGUCCAGUCUAUAGUGGAUCUAACAUAAUAGUGAGAGUCCAGUCCUUAGUGGAUCUAACAUAAUAUUGAGAGAGUCAAGUCCAUAGUGGAUCUAACAUAAUAGUGAGAGUCCAGUCUAUAGUGGAUCUAACAUAAUAGUGAGAGUCCAGUCUAUAGUGGAUCUAACAUAAUAGUGAGAGUCCAGUCCUUAGUGGAUCUAACAUAAUAGUGACAGUACAGUCCAUAGUGGAGCUAACAUAAUAGUAAAAGAGUCCAGUCCAUACUGGAUCUAGUUAAUAAUGUGAUAGUCCAGUCCAUAGUGGAUCUAGUCAAUGAUGUGAUUGUCCAGUCCAUAGUGGAUCCAGUUAAUAAUGUGAUAGUCCAGUCCAUAGUCCUGUCCAUAGUGGAUCGAGUUAAUAAUGUGAUAGUCCAGUCCAUAGUGGAUCUAGUUAAUAAUGUGAUUGUCCAGUCCAUAGUGGAUCUAGUUAAUAAUGUGAUAGUCCAGUCCAUAGUGGAUCUAGUGAUAAUGUGAUAGUCCAGUCCAUAGUGGAUCUAGUGAUAAUGUGAUAGUCCAGUAAAUAGUGGGGCCACCAGGGGUCUACUUGAAUGUAGUCAAGUCAGCAGCGCAGAGAUGUCGUCGUUCAUGGUCGUCGGCCAAGAAAAAUCCAUAAAAUAGCCGCAUAGUUCUGUAAGCCGCAGGGUUCAAGGCGUGUGGGGAAAAAAGUAGCGGCUUAUAGUCCGGAAAAGAAGGUAAAACUGGUCGGAUUUUCUUGCGUUACGUGUCACAAACUUCACAGGAAAAUGAACUGAAAAUGAUUGACUGCAAUAAAACUCUUUUGGUGGCCAUCCAGCAGUUCUGCUUGAACUUGUUGACCACUUCUCUUCACAAAACUGGUGCAAUUCAGAUAAAUGUGUGGCUUUUCUGACAUGGACUUGUUUCUUCAGCAUUGUCCACACGUUUUAAGUCAGCACUUUGGGAAGGCCGUUAUAAAACCUUCAUUCUAGUCUCAGUCGACGGUCCCCUGAACGCAUCAGUAGACGGUCCCCUGCACGCCUCACUGGAUGGUCCCCUGAACGCCUCACUAGCCGGUCCCCUGAACACCUCACUAGGCGGUCCCCUGAACGCCUCACUAGGCGGUCCCCUGAACGCCUAACUGGAUGGUCCCCUGAACGCCUCACUAGGCGGUCCCCUGAACGCCUAACUGGACGGUCCCCUGAACGCCUCACUAGCCGGUCCCCUGAACGCCUCACUAGGCGGUCCCCUGAACGCCUAACUGGAUGGUCCCCUGAACGCCUCACUAGGCGGUCCCCUGAACGCCUCACGAGACAAUCCCCUGAACGUCUCACGAGACGGCCCCCUGAACGCCUCACGAGACAAUCCCCUGAACGCCUCACUAGGCGGUCCCCUGAACGCCUCACGAGACGGCCACCUGAACGCCUCACGAGACAAUCCGCUGCACGCCUCACUGGAUGGUCCCCUGAACGCCUCACUAGGCGGUCCCCUGAACGCCUCACUAGGCGGUCCCCUGAACGCCUCACUAGGCGGUCCCCUGAACGCCUCACUGGAUGGUCCCCUGAACGCCUCACUGGAUGGUCCCCUGAAGGCCUCACUAGGCGGUCCCCUGAACGCCUCACUAGGCGGUCCCCUGAACACAUCAGUAGACGGUCCCCUGAACGCCUCAUGAGACGGCCCCCUGAACGUCUCACAAGACAAUCCCCUGAACGUCUCACGAGACGGCCCCCUGAACGCCUCACGAGGCAAUCCCCUGCACGCCUCACUAGGCGGUCCCCUGAACGUCUCACAAGACAAUCCACUGAACGUCUCACGAGACAAUCCACUGAACCGUCUCAUGAGACAUUCCCCUGAACGCCUCACUAGGCGGUCCACUGAACGCCUCACAAGGAGGUCCCCUGAACGCCUCACAAGGCGGUCCCCUGAACGCCUCACAAGGCGGUCCCCCGAACGCCUCAGUAGGUGGUCCACUGAACACCUCACGAGACGGUCCCCUGAACACCUCACGAGACGGUCCCCUGAACGCCUCAGUAGAUGGUCCCCUGAACACCUCACUGGGCGGUCCCCUGAACGCCUCAGUAGACGGUCCCCUUAACGCCUCACUAGACAAUCCCCUGAACGCCUCACUAGACAAUCCCCUGAACGCAUCAGUAGACGGUCCCCUGAACGCCUCACCAGACGGUCCCCUGAACGCCUCACCAGACAAUCCUCUGAACGCCUCACUAGACGGUCCCCUAAACGCCUCACUAGACGGUCCCCUGAAUGCCUGACGAGACGGUCCCCUGAACGCCUCACCAGACGGUCCCCUGAACGCCUCACCAGACAAUCCCCUGAACGCCUCACUAGACGGUCCCCUAAACGCCUCACUAGACGGUCCCCUGAAUGCCUGACGAGACGGUCCCCUAAACGCCUCACUAGACGGUCCCCUAAACGCCUGACGAGACGGUCCCCUAAACGCCUCACUAGACGGUCCCCUAAACGCCUGACGAGACGGUCCCCUGAACGCCUGACUAGACGGUCCCCUGAACGCCUGACGAGACGGUCCCCUGAACGCCUCACUAGACGGUCCCCUGAACGCCUCACCAGACGGUCCCCUGAACGCCUGACGAGACGGUCCCCUGAACGCCUCACUAGACGGUCCCCUAAACGCCUGACGAGACAGUCCCCUGAACGCCUCACCAGUAGUGCAAUGUGUACUUGCCUCCAGUCCAGGACGUGUUCUUAUUCUCACGUACUUACUUAGUUAAAAAAGACCACCCGGCACACCAGAAAAAAAAGACUUGGCAGCCGCGCACGUCCGACUUGCGAGAGCCGACACCAGAACGCCGACAAACGUGCGCCACACAAAUCCAAAUAGACCUUUUAUUUAUCUGUUAACUUCUUGUGACUGGUGACUAUCAGGACUGGAGUGGGACUUGAAAAUGUGUGCAGGUGAAUAGUGAGCACAUGAAGGACAAAAUCAUCCUUCCUUAUCUGCCCUUUUACUGUCUUUUAUUUGUUUGUAAUUUAAGGACUUUUAGGUAGAAAAUAGAGCAGCUGUUGUAAUUUCAUGACAAUGUUUACCUGGGGAAUAAAGACUUUUGCGUAA